AUGGCGGCGGUUUUCAUGGCGGCGGAGGGUGCGACCUACGCACCGACCGAUGCCGGCGGGGAGGUCUUCAUCCCGUAUGUGAGGAACACUUUCCUCUCCCUUCCUCCAUGUUCUGAUGGCCUGCACCCAGGUGCUCGCAGGUGUUGGUCCUUGGAGGAUCUUGAGGGUCCUCAGAAGCGCUAUGCCCGGCAGGUGCAUUCCCUGAUGUUCAAAGUGCAGCCUUUGCCCAAGACCCCUACGACGGACAUUUCAGGUGCCCCUCCCGGCACCGUCUUCAGCUCCGCCUCGGAGCCGGGCUCCGUGACGGGCUCUGAGUCGGUGAUGGAGUCGGUGGCAGAAGAGGAACCCAUCGAGUUGGAGGCAGAGGAGCUGGCGCAAGUACCCCUGGAUGAGGCAGGCGAGCUGACCUCGAUCGGCUCCAUUUUGCACGGAUCUGGCGAGUGCCGCCCCUGCGCCUUCCUAGGCAGCGAACGGCGGCCGUGUACCAAGGGCGUGGCCUGUGUGUUCUGCCACUUCCCGCACGACGCGCGCCGCAAAGUCCGGCUCGGCCGUCGGAAGAGGCGCGAGAUGCGCAUCAGCGCGCGGGCGGCGGUGCGCGCCGCGGGUGCGGAGGGGAUCUCCGCUGCGCCGAGAUACAUUCCAAUCUCUUGGCCGGUGGGGCCUUCAGUGGGGUCGGGUGCCCCAAGGGCGCCCCAAGCGCUCCUGACCUUCCUCCAGUUCCAAGGUAACGAGCUGGAAUCCACAUACCCCAUCGGAUCGAGAGCAUCGUUGACAUCGGUGUUUGUCCAAGCGGAGGAGUCGGAGGCACUCCGAGAGGAGAUUUUACAGAAGGCCCAACUCCUGCAGAAGUUUCAGCUUGCUGAAGAGGCCCCUCCCGCAGCUCUUGCGAGUGAGACGGGGGUCGACGCAGAAGAAGGCGACAACGCUUGGUUUAUCGUCGUGAAAGAAGAGCUCCAGAAGCUGGAUUUCAAGGAUCCUCUGGAGGACUUGGAGGAAGAGGCCAUGAUUCGACUCUUAGAUGUGCCGGAAGAGCAUGAGGUGGCACAUCUUCAGGAGAUUCCCGAGGAGCUCAUCGUCGUUCAUCAGAGCGACUUCCCCAAGUUGGUGGAGCAGAUCCGGGCCUUCCUCGACGGCAUCCAGGAGCCGGCAGAGGAUGCAGAAGAGAAGAGUGAGAGUGGCUCCAGGCCACAACAGCUAGGUUCAUGA